AUGACUAUUCUAUCUUCUAUCCUUCUUCUCUUAAUUCCUAUUUCCAAUGCACUUUAUCCCGUUGGUAUUAUCAACCAUCAAACGCAAUGGCACAUUCAUUGUGAAAACAAUUAUACUCAAAUUGUUCAACCGCCGUUGAACAAUCAAAUCCUUGUACCAUACAAAUGUCCAGUAUCAUCUUUAAUGAUCGAAAUUCUGCCGAUUGAGCUCGACUUAACGUUUCUUUGUCGUUCGCAAUCACGUCUCAUCUGGAUUAUCAUCGAUUUAUAUCAAUAUCAAACUUGGCCAAUGUCGAUUAAUUCCAACCAAGUGAAUAUUUCUCUCGUCAUCAAUCACGAAUUUCGAAUAAAAGACUAUAAGAGCGAAAUCAAUCAGUACGAUAAUCGAUUUGUUCUAAUCAACGCAUUUUAUAUUCCAUUCGAAUCACUGAAUAAACUUCUGGAUCGAUCGAUCGAAGUUUUCAUUGAAAUUAACCAAUGCCGAUUUUUCAUUCGCGAUAAUUUCACAUGGAAUGAUGUGCUGCAAAGCAAUUGUAACUCAUUUGAAACCAGGAGUCUUUUAGCUCAAGCGGGUCAAUGCAAUUUCUUUCCAAAAUUAGUAUCUUCUACGAACGACGAUAAUACGACUGAAAUUCCUGAUUUUCAUGUUGUAUUAUCGAUUGAUCAAGAGAAGUCAAUUGAAACAACCACUACACUGUCCCAGUAUCAACUAUUAUUCGAUGAACAUUAUCAGAAAAUCCUAAUCGCCAUCCGGAAAGCAACUCACCUUCUCACAUAUGUUUUUAUUUUUACUACGAUUAUUCUCAUACUGUUAACGAUAUUUUCUAUCUACAUACUUUGCUAUCAUUUUUGUCACCGAGUCGUGCAUAGAUCAUCAUUAUUGAUUUAA